CAAAAAUUACCACAUGAGUGUUACUAAUUACUAUAUUUUGGCAAAAUCAUAUCGUACAGAUUACAUAUAAUGUAACAAUUUACUUGUAUAUUAUCCGCCAUCUCUGCUCUUUGUCACUGAACCAAAAACACACAAACAUCAAUUCAUCUCCAUGGUUGUAAUCAUGUUAAUGUUGCUCAUUCUCUCUCCUCUCUCCUUGUAAGUUUUUCCAUUUUCUGUAACACUCAUCAUUUUCUCUCUCCUCCUGUCUGUAGACUGUAAAUGCUGUAAGAUUCUCUGCAAUUUUUUUUUUCUCGAUUUUCUCAAUUCUGGGGGAAGAACUUGCUCAUCUUAUCUUUUUAUGCUCAAAUUUUCAACUUUUGUUAUCUGGGUAUUUGUAAAUGUGCUUUGUUCUUUGAAUUUUCAUAUACAUUUUCGUCUUUGAUUUUAGCUCUUCUUUCUUCAUUCCCUAAGUUGAAAUUCUGCUUAAUUGUAGUUUCUUGUGUUUAAAUACAUUGUUGCUUCUGAUUUCUUCAACAUUGAAUUGAACAUCUGUGUAAUUUGAUUUUAAUUUUGAUUUUAAGUGCUGUAAAAGAAAUUGCGUCGUUUCCCCCAAAUUGUAGCUUUGAUUUGCCCUAUUGCUUAAUUUUUCAUGUUCAAGAAAAAUUAGGGCUUGAGGAGUUUAACCACAGUAUAUAGUGUCACUGGUGUUCUUUUCUCUCAAAUUUGCAUUUGGGGUUUAAGAAGUAGAUUUUUUUUUUUUUCUUUUUUCCCCCUUUUUUUGGGGGUCUUUUUAUUUCUUUUUGGGGUGAUGGAUUUUGGAGCUGAAGCUGGUUUUCCGGGUGGAGUUCCGGAUAUGGGUGGAGCAUUUGACUUAUGGGGCGGGGGCGGUUUGAAUGAUCAGGCAAUUUGGGCUACUGAAGAUGAGUAUAGGAAUUGGAAUGGCAGUGAAACACCUAGUGGUAAUUUCAGUCCACAUCCAUUACUCCGUUCGGGUUCGGGUGUUGGAGGUGAGCCACCCAACAAAAAGAAUAGGAGCUCCCAGAGUGGAGACUCGGGUGGUAGCCGCUCUAAAGCCAUUGGAAGAAUGUUUUAUAAGACCAAGCUUUGCUGUAAGUUCCGUGCUGGGGUUUGCCCUUAUAUCACUAAUUGUAAUUUUGCUCACGGUCUGGAAGAGCUGCGGAAGCCACCCCCGAAUUGGCAAGAUAUUGUGGCUGCUCACGAGGAGGAGAGAGGUGUCACUGUUGAGCAGAGGGAGGAGCACCAGAUACCUACUAUUAGUACCACUGAUUCUCGAGUUGAAUCGCAGAGGUCCUACAAAGGGAGGCAUUGCAAGAAGUUUUACACUGAAGAGGGUUGCCCCUACGGGGACAAUUGUACUUUCCUUCAUGAUGAACAAUCUAGAUCAAGAGAGAGCGUGGCAAUAAGUGUGAGCCCCACCGUGGGCGGUGCUUUUGGUGCUAAUGGCCCAAUUCAGAAGCCUUCUAAUUGGAAGACCAGAAUCUGUAACAAGUGGGAGACGACAGGUAGCUGCCCAUUUGGAAGCAAGUGCCAUUUUGCUCAUGGAUUAGCAGAAUUGCACAAAUUCGGGGGCGGACUUAUGGAAGGGGAAGUUAGAGACUCCUCUUUACCUCCCGAAACAAAGGCAAGUGGUAUGGCCACAAAACCAGAUACAUCAGCAACUCAAAGUUUAUCAACCCCUCGUCAGGAGUUUCACCACGUGGGACUCGGAAUUCCUUCACAGAGGUCUUCAAAUGUGACACAGGGGGCCGGGCCGAGGCCUGCACAGAAGUGGAAAGGACCUGACAAAAUAAGCAGGAUAUAUGGUGACUGGAUCGAUGAUAUUGAAUAGCUCUGCAAUUAUACAUACUAAGCUACACCAGCUCCAUCAAGGUUUGCCAUUUUAAGUUUAUGAUGAUGAUGAUGAUGAUAGCAGGUUCGGAAUCGGAAAAUUCUCUUAGGUUGUCUCAUUAGGUUAUUGUGAAUUUGUUUAUGUAGAAUGUAUUUGGUGUAAUGAGGUUGAGGUUUUGUAUACAUACGUGACCUUGAUGUGUUUAAAAAUCCAGGGCCAGAACUUUUCCUGGGAUGAUGCCUUUGGUUUUUAAUAAAUUAAGUGUUAUUAAACUUGUAUAA